ACAAACAUGGCCAGGGAACGCCCCGGACCGCCGGUCACUGACUCUCGCACUGAGGAUGGUAACUACUGGGUCGUUUUCCCGGGCGGGGUGACCAACAUUUCCACCUUCACCCUGGCGAUUACGCGGACCAACGGCCCUGAGGUGAUCGAGGUCACGGUCAAUGCAACUGCAACUGGCAGCCUGUGGUCUUGUGUCACAGAGACCGGCACUGUGGUUACAACAGAGUGCCACUACUCUGGAAAAAUUAGUGCAUUCCCUGUUUACUCUUGAAGUUCUGGUUUGUGAGUUGGAUCGGGAUGAAAUCAGGAUUAAGGAGUGCAUCUUCAACGUCUCUUUGCAUUGAUCUGUAUUAGAGAUACUAGAUAGAAACUGCAUGGACA